AUGGCUUCCAAGGUCCGUUGCGAGAUUCGCUACCAUGGGGGAAUCGAGUAUCAGGACACUGAGUCUGCAGAAAAUGGCGACGAAUACGAGCUGUUGCUCUUGCGAAUCACUGUGCAAGUGCACGGCUCCGAAAAUCCGGGCCAGUUGCAGCUCCAUGGCCGCUGGGCUACAAUGCUGCAACCAUCGGGGCCGGGAGAUCUGCUCUUAAUUGAGGGUGCCCAGGAGGCAGAUGAGGCAGAGGAGCAUUCCCGUUGCUUCUCCGUUGCUGGUCCCCUCCCGGUCAUCACCAUAUACAGAGAGGGCUUCCACUUCCGAAUAGACAACGACAGACUUCAGGAUCUGCAACAGCCCGAAUGGCUGAAGCUGCCACAGGUGAGAAAGGUGGGUGGUGCGUACAAAUACCACAGAUGGUUGUGUACUCUGCGGGACGGAGCAGAUUCAAACCUUUGGGCUGUGGUCUGGGAGAAUGCCAGGCCAGGGCCGAACUUCAAGGACGGGUGGUCCCGAUGUGGUCUUGUUUUAGUUGAUCCGCCGGAUGCACAGCUUGGAAUAUUUGGGGAUGCACGAGAGAAGACUACAGAGCACUGA